GGACACACACACACACACACACACACACACACACACACACACACACACACACACACAGCAGUCACGUGAUUAGCUUCCUUGGCUAACAUGCUAAAGGCAGCGCUGUUCAGUUCAGCUCUUCUUGUGUUAGCCCGCUGCUAACAGCAAGCUAGCUCACCGACACGGUAAACAGCAGCUGUUUGUUCGGUUUAGAGCUCCGUCCAGGUGGCCUCGCUCCUCCCUGCUCCCGCAGACCCGCUCUGCGCCCGCAGGAACCCGCAGGAACCCCGCAGGAACCCGCAGGUUCAGUCAGUUCUCCCUGAAGUCAGAACAGAAAGUCAGUUCUCCCUGCCGAGCCUCAGGUUUGUUUCUGAACAGCCGGGAUCACAAUGUGAAGCAGAGCUGCACUACUCGGUGACAGAGGACUCACUCCCUCCUCUGACUGCUGCACCGGCUGCUGGGCGGACCGAGACGCCGCCCGCAGACCCUGAGCUGACCCGGGAUCAGACGGACGGCAGACGAGCCGCUGGACGAGUCGGUCGGUCAGUAAAGCGAUCAAUAACCGGUCGAUAAUCGGUGAGCGGUGAGCGGGCCAGCAGGCGGUCAGCAGGCGGUCAGCGUGGCGGCGGGCCGGGGGCGGAGCCGGGUGAUGGACAGCGAGUGCCGGCUGCCGGUGGGCUGCUGCAGGCCGCGGGCGCUCGCCCUGCACGCCCUCUUCUGGGGGCUGGUCUCCCUCAGGGUGUUUGGAGCGUCUCUGCUCAGUGAGGAGAAGACAGCAGCCUCCAGGCCGGUGGUCAGUGCCUGCUGGAUGAUGGAGGACUUCGUGGUGACGUCAGAGUGCUCACGCUGCACCCCCUUCCAGUCGAGGUCGUGGGCGGUCUGCGCUCCAACCGGCUUCAUUGAGAAGGUGAACUGCACCAAGUCCAGCAGGGACGAGUUCAAGAGCUGUCGCUCUGCGGUGACGGAGGAACAUCUGUUCUGGAAGUUCGAGGCGGCCAUGUUGGCUCUGACCGUCCUCUUCGCCCUGCUGGUGGUUGCCCGGCAACGCUCGCUGGACCGACUGGCUUCUGAGAAAGUCCGCCGGCAGAUCGAGUCCAUAUAGACACACACUGACCUGACACACACACACACACACACACACACACACACACACACACACACACACACUCACUCUCACAGCCACACUUUCACACUCACACGCAGUCUUACACACACACACACACACACACACACACACACACACACACACACACACACACACACACACACACACACACCAGCUGGGGGAUGUGGACAGUCUUUGCCUCUCUGGUUUUGCGUCCCCACGCUCUUCACAGGAAGUGGAAACUGGAGCAGCUGAGGCACAAAAUGGCGUCGCAGGGUGUUUGUACUGUACACAGCACUGACUGGAGCAAACCUGAUCAAACUGGACUGAACCGGUUUGAAGUGGGCGGGGUCCCAGACGCUGUGUUCAGGUCCCGUCAGCGGAGGUGGAAAAACGGCGGCGUGCUGCUGCCGCUCGUUCCCCACCGGAGGGAACGCCUGGAUCCAAAAUGGCGGCUUGUUGCUUGGAACUCCAUAAAGUUAAACCACACAGGAAGUGCAACAGACGGCGCCGGCUCUUCUUCUGCAGUGUGAAUAAAAAUGAAAGACGACUGGAGACAAACUGCUGCGCCGUUCAUGAUCCUAAUGUGUGUGUGUGUGUGUGUGUGUGUGUGUGUGUGUGUGUGUGUGUGUGUGUGUGUGUGUGACUUCUUUAAUCAGGAGGGAAUAAAUGAGCUCGCUCUCCUGCUGCUCUCCAUUUGUUUUGUUCGUUUCUGCACAAAAACAUGAAGAACAAAUGAAACUUGUUUUUAUUUUUCUGAAACCUGCAGCAAAUAAAAAAAAAACAAAAACCACCUGAACUUAAACGUCCCGCAGGACGUUCAGCGCCCGCUGGCGACAUCUAGUGGCCACACCUCGCAACUGUUUUCCCAUUUUAUCAUAAUUAUUGUUCUUUUUGUGUUAAAUGGCUCCUCUGGGUCGCUCUGGGACUCGGCUGCAUCCUGCUGAGCGAACCGUCACAGGAGGUUCAUCAGUUUGAGCUGUGAAUCUGACUGAACCUGAAACGAGGCUGAAACCUGACGAGCUCUCAUGUUCAGCCUCAGCAACCUGAAACUGAACGAGCUGAGAAACAGCAGGACGGCCAGGAAAAUGAGUUUAAAAAAAAAAAUACAAAACUAAAAAUGUUCUGAUGUUUCUCCUUAAAUACAAACAGUUUUAUUUUUUAGCCACGAAACUACAA